CGCAAGCUGCCAGUGUUUCGGUUCCGGUCCUGUGGAGGAAGCGUCCUGGAGUGAAACAGUCUGAGAAAUGCGUUCACGCUUACCUGCAGUGGCCGAACAACUGUUCCGAGACAUCCAGAAAACAUACGAGGACACGUCCCAGAGUAAGACGAGGGAGGUACCGGGACACGAAGCCGACAGUCGGCCCCAGGGCAGGACCAAAUGUAUAGUACCUGAUGACCUGCUUAUUGCUCUGAAGUUUGUCUUCGGGCCUUGCGCAUUACAAGCUUUGGACCUGGUCGACCAGCGCUCAGUCACCUGUCUGUCAUCUUCCAGUGGACGCAAGGCCUUCCAGGUAAUCGGAGGCUCAGGACGUUUGUACACUUGCUUUGUUUCCUGUCACUAUUGCCCGUGUCCGGCCUUCGCCUACACCGUGCUCCGCAGAAACGAAGGGCUGCUGUGCAAACACAUCCUGGCUGUCUACCUUUGUCAGGCCAUAGGUGUGACUCAGCAGGAGAGCGUGUCUGAUCAGCAGAUGUCCACGCUGCUCAGCGGGACGGUAGCCCCCUGACACGCAGGUAUGUUCAAGCCCAGGUUCAGCAGCUGGAGCAGCACCCCAGGCCCCGAAGGGACAACACGGGCCGUCCUGAUGAAGAGCCCACGUCUCAAAUGGACACACGACCCCGGCUCCCUCACGUCUAGGGUACCAGAUGUUGCUUUCUGUAUUUUUUUCUUUUGAAAGAAACUAUGUCAAGGGAAACAUCUGCGCAUUGAGUGUGUGCUUCUUUAUUUUCAGGUGACUUUUACCUGAUGUCACAUUAUUCAGGGAAGUAUUGUCUGCAGGCCAAUGUCACCUCAGAAAGAUUUUGUAAACCCAAAUAUAUAUCUUUUGUAAAUAUGUAAUAAGAUUUCAAAUUUUUAAUAAAGACUGAUCUGUUACAAUAUAAA